UAGUCUCUGCCAGCUGAUGCAAGUACUCCGCGUGAGUUGCACGAUUUUGUGAAAUUACCGUUCAAUUUUUACCCAUCUAGACAUUUUUAGAAUAACUCCGAAUCAUUAAGCUAUUAGUUAAUCAACAAUUCAAUCAUGGCAGAUGCCGGUAAAAGUAUUGCCGACCAAAUAAAGGAGCAAGGGGAGAUCGUUCGAAAACUCAAGGCGGAAAAAGCCGGUAUUGACAAGAUCACAGAGGAAGUCUCCAAACUGCUAGCACUGAAAGCUCAGCAAGGAACUGACAAGGAUGAAAAGGCUGGUGGCAAGUUCGUCCUUAAGACAGCUAAAGGAACUCGUGACUUCAACCCACGGCAGAUGGUGAUCAGACAGCAAGCUUUUGACAAAAUCAUUGCAUGCUUCAAACGCCACGGUGCAGAGACUUUGGAUACACCAGUUUUUGAACUGAAGGAAGUGCUUACUGGAAAAUAUGGUGAAGACUCUAAGCUGAUUUAUGACCUAGCAGACCAAGGAGGGGAGCUUCUUUCUCUUCGGUAUGACUUGACCGUGCCGUUUGCCCGCUUUUUGGCCAUGAAUAAAGUUGGAUCCAUCAAACGGUACCAACUCGGUAAGGUGUACAGAAGAGACAAUCCUGCCAUGACCAAAGGACGAUUCAGGGAGUUUUUCCAAUGUGAUUUUGAUAUUGCUGGUCCGACUGACCCUAUGAUUCCCGAUGUCGAAUGUGUUAGAGUUGUAACUGAAAUACUUGAUUCGCUUGAUCUAAGUGAACAUGUAGUCAAAAUCAAUCAUCGUAAAAUCUUGGAUGGACUGUUUGAAGCUUGCGGUGUUCCUGAGACCCAAUUUCGGGCUAUAUGUUCCUCAGUCGAUAAACUUGACAAGUCUCCUUGGGAAGACGUUCGUCGGGAGAUGACGGACGAAAAAGGCUUAGAUCCUGAAAAGGCUGAUCAAAUUGGUCAGUAUGUUCUUCGCUCUGGCCAAGAUGAUUUAGUUGAGCAACUUUUGGCCGAUACGAAGUUGUGUUCUUCCAAAUCAGCAGUAGAGGGUCUUGAGGCACUGAAGUUGUUUUUCCGAUAUGCUGAGCUUUACGGCGUAAAAAAGCGUGUCAAAUUUGACAUGAGUUUGGCCCGUGGAUUGGACUACUACACUGGAAUUAUCUACGAGGCUGUGUUAACAAACCAAAAUCCAGAGGAAGGCGUCGGCUCUAUUGCGGGUGGCGGUCGUUACGACAAUUUAGUAGCAUUGUUUGAUCCUAAAGCAAAAGCUGUCCCUUGUGUCGGAGUUUCCAUAGGCAUUGAGAGAAUCCUUGCUAUUCUGGAGAAUCGUGAGGUUAACCUCAAAAUGCGAACCGUCGAGACCCAAGUUUACGUUGCAGCCGCGCAAAAGAAUCUGUUGGAGGACAGGAUGAAAAUUUGCACUGAACUUUGGGAUAUUGGAAUAAAGACGGAAAUGUCUUAUAAGGCCAAUCCAAAAUUGCUCGGGCAGUUGCAGACUUGUGAGGAGCAAGGUAUUCCCUGGGCAAUCAUUAUUGGUCAGUCAGAAUUGGAAAAAGGAGUGGUCAAACUGCGUCACGUCGUGUCUCGUCACGAAGAGGAAAUUGAACGUACGAAAUUGGCGGACGUAUUGAAAGAAAAAUUGAGUGCGCCAGUGUUUUGAAGGCAAUUUGCAGUGCAAAGAUAUUGCAUCUGAAUAAAGAUGUUUGAAUCUA